GCCCGGCUCCCGCCCCAGAACUACAGCCCCCGGCUCGCCGCGCGUCGCGGAGGGGCUGCCCGUCCGCCCACUGGCGCAAACGACAAGCCCCACAAUGCGCCGGGCCGUGGGGCGCGGGCGGCCCCGCCACCCCCCGCAGCUCCGCAGGGGCUGGGAGCGGGGCGAGGUUUCGGGCUGGCGGCGCGGUUUGGCGGCCGCGCCGGCCUCUGGCCCCAACCUCAGGCGGCGCCGGCGGGUAGGGGGAGCCUAUAGCCAUUACAUUGCUGGCCUGUGUCUUGAAGCACCUGCUUUUUUUCUUUUUCCUACUCUGCCACAGACUUCUUCAGUGAAGUUGGGAUAAAUGGGUGUAUAUGACUUUUCCCCUGAUCUAAAGUGGUUCCAUGUCUUGUUUGGACUGUUCUUGUAUUCUACGUACACCAGUUGAAUCCAUCAGGCCAGAAGAGUUUUCUCAGAGCAGUAUCCAUGAAUGGAUGGCUGAUUCUGAUCUAGCCUGGGUUCCCCCAUCUUCAGGAAGGAAUGAAAUGGUAUUUUGCACUUCUAAUGUUUCUCACUAUGAACUCCAGCUGGAAAUAGGAAGGAGGUUCAACAACUUAACAUCAGUCUACCUUGCACGGCAUACGCCUACAGGCAUGCAAGUUGCUGUAAGGAUCACAGACCUAGAAAAUUGCUCUGAAGAGCAUCUGAAAGCCCUUCAGAAUGAAGUGGUUUUAUCCCACUUUUUCCAGCAUCCCAACAUAAUGACGCUUUGGACAGUGUUUACAGCUGGUAGUUGGCUUUGGGUCAUCUCCCCGUUCAUGGCCUAUGGUUCAGCUAGACACCUGCUGAAGACUUACUUUCCUGAAGGAAUGAGCGAAGCUUUGAUUGGGAACAUUCUGUUUGGUGCAAUCAGAGGAUUAAAUUACAUGCACCAGAAUGGCUACAUUCACAGGAAUAUUAAAGCUAGCCACAUUCUGAUUUCAGGGGAUGGACUGGUUUCUCUCUCUGGCUUAAACAACCUCUACAGUUUAGUUAACAAUGGACGAAAGUCAAAGGUGGUAUAUGAUUUCCCCCAGUUCAGUACAUCUGUUCUUCCUUGGCUGAGUCCUGAACUACUGAGACAGGAUUUGUCUGGGUAUAACAUGAAGUCUGACAUUUACAGUGUGGGAAUUACAGCAUGUGAACUAGCCAAUGGAUAUGUUCCAUUUCAAGAUAUGCCUCGCACUCAGAUGCUGCUGCAAAAGCUGAAAGGUCGCACAUAUUGUCCUUGGGAUACAAAUACCUUUCCCCGUGGGGAAUCCAAGAUGAAGAAUUCCCAAUCAGGUGUUGAUUCUGGAAUUGGUGAGAGUAUGACACGCACAAUGACCAGUGAAAGACUACAAGUUCCCUUUUCCAAAACUUUUUCACCUGCUUUCCACAACUUGGUAGAACUCUGCUUGCAACAGGAUCCUGAGAAAAGGCCAUCAGCACGCAGUUUGCUUUCACAUACAUUCUUCAAACAGAUAAAAGAACAAACACAGAAUUCACUACUGUCUCUGUUACCACCUCCAAUGCAAAAUAACAGAUCGGAGUUCUUGACACUGCCCUCAACAGCAGUUGGGACUGAACUUGGACAUGUUACUGCAAAUCGAGAUGAUACAGACUGGGACUUCUAAAUCAAUACCAAACAUGCAUACCUCUCCUGUGCUUCAAAGAAGGAAAAUGUGAUGUGUAUUUGCUGCUUUAGUUUGUAUGGUUAAAUACAAUUUGACAAGGUAUACUUGAAAAUGCCGUUGAAGUGUCCAUAUUUCAUUAACCACUUCCUUUGUUGGCAUCAUGAAGUGCAGUGUGCCUCAAUUUCUGACCAGAACGAAAAUUGUUUAUAGAGAAUGGCUGAAUGCUUAUCUCUGCUUUCAAAAUAUUUCUUAACGAGAGAAUUGCUGCUGUAAUCUUACUCUGUACUGUAUUUUCAGCUCAUAUUGCUGCAGUCCAUGUGCCUUUCUGCAGUCAGGCUUGGGUUUUGUCUGUGACUUUAAUUAAACAAUCCAUUUGUCUUUUCAUUAUCACUCAAAUUAUUUUAAUAAGGAGAAAUCCUCCACUUCCAAGUCUAAAUUUGAAACUGCACAAAUUACUUGCUUGUGUAAUAUAUGUUUCUCUUUUUAGACAUCGAAAAGGCCUUUUUCCCCCCUCCACAUGCUGUCAUACUUGACAAAAGAUUGUUGUGCAUAGUUUUUCAUGCAGUUUUAAUACUGUGUGUUUCCCAAAGAAGUUAAACUACUUGAAAAUGUGACUCAUGCUCUUGUAUUUGUCUACAUUCUAGGUACAAAUUUAUGCUUUUGCAUCUCUGUUUAUUUUUAUGUCAUUUUAGCAAUUAAUCAGAGGACCUCUUACUAUGCAAAGUAAGCCUCAAGUUAUAACAGGUAUGGGUUAAUUUUGAAGAAUCAUAUUAAAUAAUCUAAAGUUACUGUACAUAUUUUUGUUUAUAUUGUAUUCCUGUUCACCACCAGAACUUGCCAGAACCUUAUACUGUUCUCUUAAAAGAACAGGUGCUGUGCACUAAAGCUAACUGGCACUGCUGCUGGCAAACAAGCCACUUCUGCAAAGCACAGUUAAAUUCCCAUCGAUAGAUUCAGUUGUAACAAAAACACAGUAAGCCCCACAGGGCCUUACUGCCUUUCUUCUCCAUACAAUUCAGUAAUUUCUCAUCUCCAGUACCAGGCAACUCAAGUUGGACACACCCACUUCUUUUUUUAAAAAAGCUCUGUGUUCUCAUGUUUUAGCAAAAGUUGUGUUCCAAAGCCACUAGAACUUUACUGAUGUAAGUUCUGACUGUAGUAAAAAUUUAUAUAUCAAGUGGAUAUACUGUAAAUUUUCCAUGUAAACAACAUUCCACAUUAAGUCUACAAGUCUUCCAUAGCUCAGCCAUCUGCAACUGACCUUGGGAAUACUAUUGUUGUGUCAGUGGCUCUCCCACAAAGCCUUCAAGACCAAAUGGCUAAAGCGCAAGCCUGACAUACACAUAAAAUUCUAAAUGGCCACAUUAAAAUAUUAACAAAAAAAGUUGAUUCUAUUCAUGCUGUGAAAAGAGCUAUGUGUUUCAAAACCUAAUACGUGAAAUUUAACAUUAAAAACUUUUGAUAAACUUA